UAAUAAUUUUGUCACUCCUUCAAGCUAGAAGCGUGGCCGGAAAACUAGUCAUGGUGCCCAUCAGAGCGCUGAAGGGCCAUUCUACACCUCAGAAUGUUGGCCAAGAUUUUGCACCAUUGGCAAAGAAUGAUGGAAGCAGGAGCUUUCAAAUGAAGACAUUUGUAAAUGCCAUAGCAGUGGGAAAUUUGGUCUUCACAGACAUGGCAAAGGCUGUGACUAUGGGGAAUAUCCAGUUCAAAAGCAACAACCUUCAGUUAAUUUACUCCAACCGUCCAACGCCAAUAGAAACAAGUCUAAAACAGACCAGGCAAAAUCUCCCAUGGACAUUGAAACUAGGCCUCAUCAAAAAGAACAAUCUCCGUUGGAUCCAAAUGAAUUUAUCUGAUUAUGAAGACCGCAUAUGA